AUGCCUUCGCAUCUACGACUCCAAUCAAACUUCGAGCCCUUUUCGGCUGAGACCACCCGCUCCUACUUCCCCACUGCCGCCGCCCCGCCGGCCAAGAAGCAGAAGAUGUCUCUCUCGCAAACCUACUACAUCGCCGCCUCGGCCCGCACCAAGCUCACCCACGAGGCCCAGAAGAGCGACCACGACCUGAGGCUGCUCGUCGGCCACGCCAACCUUCUCGACUCCCUGAUGCUCGAGCUCGCCGACGCCGAGCGCGAGCAGGAGGCCUGGUUCAACAAGACCGUCAACAAGGCCGCCCGUGCCGAGAGGCACAUCCAGUGGGCCGACACGAUUGACGAGGAGGCCAUGGAGGAUGACGACGACGAGGAGGACGACGACGACUUCAUUUCCGACAGCGAAUCCGACUCCGACUACGACGAGGACUCCGAGGACUUCGACAUGAUCCCCCCGCUCAGGCGGAUUCCCUCGCCGCCGGUGCGCAUCACCACCACCGAGCUCGACGACGAUGAGGACGACGAGGAGGAGGAUGACGAGGAGUACUACGAGGACGAGGAGUUCGACGACGAGCACGCACUUGUCCGCUCGCCAUCGCAACAAACGCCGCCCGAGCUCGUCCACGAGGAGGACUCGGACUCAGACGACGACGCAACGCCCACAACACCGCCUCAGCCUACUCUCGAGUACAGCGAGAAGGAGAGGCAAGCCAUCGCAACAACAGCAUAUCUCGAAAGCAAGGAGGCACAAUUACAAGCCACACCCGAUCAAGCAGCCUAUCUACCCAAAGGCUACUUCCUCGAACAACGCAACGCACCGCUCAUAACAUCGUAUUGA